AUGGUGAAAAUACAACAAAGCGAAACAGCGAUAAUAAAUAAUAUAAAUAAGUUGCAAAAUACAGCAAACAGAGCCGAUAAAAGAAUAAAUGAAAUGGAAGUUAGACAGAUAAUGAAUGAACAAAGUGAGGAGUUAAAUGUUCUUUUAACACAACAUUCGUUUCAAACUCACAAUCUGGUAGCAAUAAUUAACACUGCUCAAUUGGGUCAUAUGCAUUCUAGCAUUAUUUAUGCAACAAAUUUCUUAGCAGAGUUACAACAGGUUCGAAUACAACUAGAUUCAAGAGAGAACUUUGCAGAGCAAGUCACAAUACAAAAUAUACAUAAAUUAAUGAGAAUGAGUAGCUUACAAGUGAUAAGAGUAGCAGAUACAUUAGUAUUCAUAAUAUCCAUUCCAAUCGUACAAAACAGAGAAUAUCGUGUAUAUAAAGGAAUUCCACUACCUAUAAAACAAAAAGAUUCAGUAUAUGCGUUAAUUCAGCCAACAAACAAAUACUUAGCCAUAUCCGAAGAUAACGUAUACUCAAUAUACAUAGAUGACAUACAGUUAAACAAAUGUAUACACAUGCAAGAGUAUUAUAUUUGUUCGAACACUCAGACGCACUAUAUUCAGGAAACGGAUAAUUGUGAAGCAAAAUUAUUCAGUAGUCAGGAUAAGGAAACGAUUCCAAAAGCAUGUUAA